GCAUCAUUGGCCUAUAAGCCAACAGAAGUGUAAACAAAAUAGAAAUUGUUUCCAAUUUGAUUUUGUUAAACAAAUUUAAUAACUUCUGCAAAAAUGAAAUUGUACAUAACCUUGUUGGCUUUGGGCCUUGCUAUCGCCGUGGUCUCCGCCCAAUCGAAUGCCAUUGAUGGCGCCGUGGAAGAACCCAACCAGGAGUAUCUGCCACCUGCCGAAGAAGCCGAUGCUGCCAAAUUAGCCGAAGAUGGUUAUCGUUACAAGACCAUUCGCAAAUUGAAAUAUCGUGCCCGCCAUCGUCGCGAUGUUUCGCAGGAAUAUUUGCCACCGGUCAAUGAGCCCAGCGAGGAAUAUUUGCCACCCGUUGCCGAGACCAAAGUUGCCGAUGAUGGUUACCGUUACAAGACGGUGCGCACCCUGAAGUUGCGUUCCCGCCACCGUCGUGAGGUCAACCAAGAGUACUUGCCACCCGUAAAUGAACCCAGUGAAGAAUACUUGCCCCCCGUUGACCAGGAGGCCGAGACCAAGGUUGCCGAUGAUGGUUACCGCUACAAGACUGUCCGCAAAUUGAAAUUGCGCCAUCGUCAUCGUCGUGAUGUCAGCGAAGUCGAGCAACCAUCCAACGAAUACUUGCCACCCGUUGAAGUGGAAUUGGCUCCCGAUCUAAAAACCAUUUUGGGUGAUGAUGGUUACCGUUACAAGACCGUCAAACGUUUCAAGGUUCGCCGUCAUCGUCGUGAAGCUGAAGCCGAAUCUGCUGACAACACAUCGGCCGCUUACCUGCCACCAGCCGAAGAAAUGCCCGCCGAAGCUGAGAUGGCUGCUGAAACCAAAAGCGCUGAAUUGGCUGAGGACGGCUAUCGUUAUAAGACAGUGCGUAAACUGAAAUACCGUCAUCGCCAUUGAAUUACGGCACAAAUUACACGCGAUAUGGACCCACUGACUGGCUUGUGAUAUCUCAUUGGAUUUAACGAAUUUAUUCUAAUUCUAGUUUAGUUAGGCAAAACUCUUUAAGAAUCGAGCAAUAAAAAAAAAGCAACGGAAGGUAAAAUUUUUCCAAAAA